ACAGUGUUCGUCCAACCAAAAAUACUCCUCAUCAAUCUAUUUUUACAUGGCAAAUUCUAACAUAAUUCAAAAUCUUAAAAUUCAAACCAACGUACUUUUACAAAACUUCUAAAAAAUUCUAACAGUGAAAAAAACAAGUAAACUGCAAAAAAGCUAGACAUAUGUAUCGACAUAUUUAAAAGCAAUUCAGCAUUAACUGCAGCACUUUUUGCGGUUUUGACAUUAUACAUGUGCUCCUAUUAAGCCAUUCGCUCCGAAUUACUGGUUCUGUCGUCUACACUAUGAAAAUAUAAACCCAACUCAUUUUUACAUCAUCUGCUACUCUAAGUUUUCGUUACCUUUCUGACAUUUGUAAACUUUACAGUUAAGUUAGACGCAUAUGCAAGUAUUUGUUUACGUGGCGAUUUAACCUCUCGUUACCACAAUCCAAACCUUAUUUACUUAAAUACAUUGGAGUUUUUUCUAGUUUAAUAUUUGUGUGCUAUGUGUACUGUACAAAACUUACAAACUUUAUUCUUAUAAUGAACUCACUGCCCAAUUCUCCACUUCAGUCACAAAAUAAGAAACGUGUCGUCAAAGUCGUAACCAAACUUCUUGCCUGGUCAAGUUUGGCUGCAUUAUACUCAUUUUCUGUAGUUACUCCGCAACUAAUUCCUGGUUUCAAUGUUACCAUGCAUAAAAAUGUGGGGAAUGAAAGCUUCCCUUAUUUCGUAUCUGGAACAAAUAUUGCGAAUGGGACUUCCUUAAACGGAAUUUUGACAAAUUCAGAGAGACUUUCUCCUCCACUAAAUUGCACACCGCCGAGCAUUGAUGACUUUCCUGAUGACGUUUUCACACAAAAUGAGAGACGCCAUGGCUGGGUUGUCCUUCACGGGUUGGCCAGCCUGUACAUCUUUUAUGCAUUGGCCUUAGUUUGUGACGAAUAUUUCGUACCGUGUAUCGAAUCCAUGUGUACAGGCCUCCACUUACCUCGAGAUGUUGCUGGAGCCUCAAUAAUGGCUGUGGGAACUUCAUCCCCUGAACUGUUUGUUAACCUUGUGGGGACAUUUAUCACUAAGGGGGACAUCGGAGUGGGUGCGAUUGUUGGAAGUGCUGUCUUUAACAUAUUGGCGGUCGCUGGGAUAUCGGGCAUCGUUGCGGGAAAGGCACUGCAAUUAGAUUGGUAUCCCCUCUCGCGAGACUGCAUUGUCUACACGGUUUCUGUAAUUUUGCUCGUUGUGUUCCUUCAAGAUGGAAGAGUGUACUGGUAUGAGGCACUCUUUCUUGUUCUGACAUAUCUUGGAUACCUUUUAAUAAUGUACAAAAACACCGAGAUAAAAUCGAAGGUUGAAAAAUUGCUGGACAAGUGCGACGCGGCAAGCGGUGCAUUCCAAAAUAAUCCUCCAACAACUGAAUACCAAAAUGAGACCAAUUUUGAUGGAGAUGAUUGGAAACUCUUUUCACUUCCUGAAAACGGAUUUGUCUUUACACUCUGUGCGUGGUUGAUAACUUCGCCGGCUCGAUUCCUGGUUGCAAUAAGCGUUCCUGAUUGUAGGAACGAGAAAUGGAAGUCAUUUUAUAUGUUGACUUUUGCCAUGUGUAUGGUAUGGAUUGGCGUUUUGUCGUAUCUCGUGUCCUGGCUGAUCACUAUAAUUGGGUACACGCUCAGCAUCCCAGAUUCUGUUUUGGGCCUCACUUUCAUUGCGGCUGGGACGUCGGUGCCUGAAGCAGUGUCUUCGGUGGCUGUGGCAAAGCGGGGCGAAGGCACGAUGAGCAUUUCGAACUCUGUUGGAUCUAACACCUUUGACGUAUUGAUGUGUUUGGGCCUCCCUUGGCUAAUCCGGGCCUCUCUUAUCGCAUCUGACCCUGGCCAAAACUACAUACAGAUAAACUCUGGAGGCUUCAAAUUCACCGUGAUGAUAUUGAUUGUUUCCAUCUUCCUAAUGUAUGGAAUGCUGGCAGUAAACAAAUUCAGCUUGGAUAAAAAGAUCGGUCUAAUUUUUUUGUCCAUGUACGUUCUCUGCAUAGCGUUAGCAUCCUUGUUAGAAUUAAAUGUAUUUGUGGAACUGAAUUUACCAAGUUGUCCAGUAAUAAAGAAAUAAUAUACAAAAAUAUCGAUUUUUGUACCAA